CCGCGCCCCACGCGGCAGCUCCUGGUUGCGCGCAAGACAUCCAGACAUCCGCGACAGCAUGAAUCGGCGCAUGCUUACAAAGGCCGAAGAGGCCACGGCCGGCGACGAGGUCGAGGUCCGGCGCGAGGACCAGGACAAGAUCAACAAGUUCAGCCGGCUACACCAGCGCGAGCUCAACAUCCAGGAUGAGCUCAAGGCCAAGAUGAAGGAGAAGGAAGAGCUCGACGAUGUGACCAUGGAGCUCGAGCUCGCAGACGAAGACGACACGGUGCCAUACAAGAUCGGCGACGCGUUCUUCCACGUCAAGGUUGAACAAGCACAGGAGAUGCUCUCAACCGCGACGGAGAAGCUGGAAGAGGAGGUUGAGGAGCUAGAGGAGAAGCUCGGCACAACCAAGGAGGAGAUGCAGGAGCUCAAGGUACAACUGUACGCGCGCUUUGGCCGCAGCAUCAACCUCGAGACAUGAGACACCUCGGAAAUAAAGGUGUCGCAACAAAUGCGAGCGCCAGAGCGGCAUGACCAGAGGGACAAACGAUGGCGGGAUAGCGGGCAAAGUUGCAGCAAAGGUAUCCCCGCCGAAUAGUCUUCGGAAAGCGUGGGCAGAAAUGGCGCCGAGGGCUGUAGGCACCUCAGGCUAUCAUUUGUAUGCUGGGUCGGUCCAGUAUACCAGGCAUUACUGCUCGAGCUGAGCCGUCCACUUUCAUGUACUAGCUAGCAUCGAGUCAAGAGGCUACAUUAUGUGGUUGGAGGCGGCGAGUGCGCACGUCCGUCCGCGGUCAGGAGGCUCUGGUCGUGUAGUUGGGGAGAGUCAUGCAUUUGAUAACUGCGAAUUGAAACAGGAACGGACAAUGCGAUUGUUGUGUUGCACAUGGCAGUGCCGUCUCGAACCCAUGCCUACGACAACCCAGGAGAAUACCCGUGGCCAGCAU